AUGGAUAGUUCUAUAAGUGAAGCAUACAAAAAACGUUUGACAAAGGCCCAUGUCAUGUUUGAAAACUUUGCGAGCUGGGGAGGCUAUAGGCCUUAUCCGGCCUCUAGAGAACUUCUAGCAGCUUUUCUUGCUUGGUUAGAAAUGACAGGAAAGCUUUCUGAUGUAAUGAUUUGUCUAGCGGCAGUGGCAAGGGAGCAUAAAAUGAAAGAUCUUGAAGAUCUGACAAAGGGAGGUUCAACUUGUUUCUUGGUCGAAG